CUCUCUCCUCUGUCCUCUCUCUCUCCUCUGUCCUAGAGCACCUUCCUACUCACAAAGCCCACCCACUCCAUUAGAAAAAAAGCUCAAUCUUCCUUCCUCUAAAACCGCUCUCCAAAUAGGUAAUUCCACUCGACAAAUGCACUGAAACCGCCGACAAAAAUGGCGUUUCAUAACCACAUUAUAUCUCACGAGAUGGUCUUCCAGGAGCCGAAUUUCGCAGAGCAGCCACUGUCGCUCUCCGCCAGCGACAACGACGAUGCCGGAGUCGGAGCCGGAGCUCCGACGUGGCUCAACAAUUCCGUGUUCAGGCAACAUAACCUCCUCCACUUGCUCUCUGAAUCCGAGCCCCAAAACGACGACGUUCUGGCGGGCAAGAGAGGCGGCGAUUGCGGCGAUCGGAGGUCCGAUCGCAGGAGAGAGGACGGUUUUGGCGACGAGGAGGAUGACGACGACGAAGAGGUUGAGGAUGGAGAGAGCGAGGGUUUGAGGUACAAAGCCGAUAUUCUGCGACAUCCUCUAUACGAACAGUUGCUAUCGGCGCACGUCUCGUGCUUGCGGAUCGCGACGCCGGUGGACCAGCUGCCGAGGAUCGACGAGCAGCUCUCGCAGUCUCAACGUGUCGUCAGAAAGUACUCGGAGCUCGGCACCGAUGGCGGUAUACAAGUCGUGGAUGAGAAAGAGCUUGAUCAAUUCAUGACAAAUUAUGUUAUAUUGCUCUGCUCGCUUAAACAGCAAUUGCAGCAACAUGUCCGCGUUCAUGCCAUGGAAGCAGUGAUGGCUUGUUGGGAGCUUGAGCAAGCUCUACAAAGCUUAACAGGUGUAUCUCCGGGUGAAGGCACAGGCGCAACAAUGUCCGAUGACAUUGAUGAUCAGGUAGAUAGUGAUAUGAACUUCUAUGAUGGGAGUCUGGAUGGGCAUGAUAGUAUGGGAUUUGGCCCUCUCAUCCCUACUGAAACUGAGAGGUCCUUAAUGGAGCGUGUGAGAGAAGAACUGAAGCAUGAACUAAAACAGGGUUACAAGGAGAAGAUUGUGGACAUUAGAGAGGAAAUUAUUCGCAAGAGAAAAGCCGGAAAAUUACCAGGUGAUACCACGUCCCUCUUGAAAGCUUGGUGGCAAUCACAUUCUAAGUGGCCAUACCCCACAGAGGAAGAUAAAGCGAGACUGGUUCAGGAAACUGGCUUGCAACUGAAGCAGAUUAAUAAUUGGUUUAUAAAUCAAAGGAAAAGAAACUGGCACAAUAACCUUUCACCGUCGCCCUCUUUGAAGAGUAAACGCAAGAGAACUAAUGUAGGUGAAACUGGCAACCAGAAUUUCAUGUAAAUGGCGAUGUACAAACGGUUGAAUUCUGAUCUCUACCCCUUAUAGAUACUUAGUUCCAAGUUUACAGGAAGUUAUAGCAUGAGUAAAAUAUUUGAUGGUCCAGAACGGCGACGACAGGUGGAGAUUAGAAACACCGUCUUGGAGAAAUAUAUUACUCUCAUCCAGAGGAAGAGUUUGAUGCUGCUAUUUGUUGCCUAUAUGCGGGUUGUUGCAGUGCACAAAUCUGCAAGAAGGCAUUCUUUAAUACACACUAUCAUCUCUUACCAACGGAACAGAAAAAGUUUGGGAUAAUUCUUACGUUGUCAAUCAAGAUAGCAUUUAGUGUAUUAAGUUCCUGUGAAUUCUGUGUAUUAUAUGUCUUCCUAUAUUUUUUGUGAACGAGAAUGGUUGUUAUAGCUUGUAAGUUUUUCUUUGAAAGAACUAUAGUCUGUAAGUUAUGGAAGCAGAAUGAAUUAGAUUUUGGAUAAUUAA